AGAGCAGGUGGGGGGAGAGAGAGGAGAGGAAGGGAAGAGGAGGAGAGGAGAGGUCCAGCUGCAGAGAGAGAGAGAGAGAGAGAGAGAGAGAGAGAGAGAGAGAGAGAGAGACGACUUGAUACGACAAUGGAAGCAGCCUCGAGCACCCGGUAGAAGACGAAGAGAAGGCGAGGAGAAAACGAAAAGCACGCACGAGGGAGGCUUGUAAUAUCGAGGGAUUAAGACUCGGCUCGCCGCGGACUUCUGUUCUAAAAUGGAGCAGUGAGAUUUGGGGGAAACGAGGCUCUGUCUCCAUCACUGAGAGGCGCGUCCACCUGCUACGAGCCGAGGCCCGGAAAAAAGAGAAGAAAACAUGGAGAAGUGGUUGUGCUGAAGGGGGAAAACGUUUAUCCGACCGGCCCGAGCUUUGAUUUUUGCCAAGCGAAGCGACAUCUCAGUCAGAGGUGGGACAGUGAAGAUGAUGCACAAGCGGAGUGACGCCCUAUCUCAUUGAUGGAUGUCCUAAAGGAGACCGGUCUCCUUGUGCCAGCUUUGAAUUCAGUGCAGACUAAUGCAUUGGACCAGACUGGAUCAUGUGAGCUGAGAGGUAAUCUAAAGCUGUAUGCUGCUUCAGAUAACACCUUUCCCCUAUCCUCCUCAGUUGCUGUAUUGAGUGCCCAGAGAGGUGGUUCAGAUGGCCACAGAGUAGCACUGGCCUUAAGAGAGUAUUGCCUCACAAGCCCACCCUCACCACAUACUCAAACUGAGGCUCCUGAGCAGCCUACUGAUGAGUCCAGCAGCUGUGCCAUAUCCCUCACAGCUUGCGUUACCAAGGAUGUAAAUCCCUGGUCCCUGUCAGAGGAAAGUAAUAAACCACCCCUUACCAUUAUGGAGCCAAUGGGCAUAUCUGGGAUGACAGAGGACUGCCUAAUCCAGCAAAGCCGCCCUUGCCUGGGCUGUAUCAUUGAGACCAAGGAUGCACUGGAUAAUGAGCCCAUUAUCAACCUGAAAAUGACGGACAUGAACCGUGAGUAUGAUGCUUGCUCCAUCGCCAACAUGCAGUGUAUGGGCCUCAGUGAAACAGGCAGUUGCUCAGAGCAGCUUCUGGAUGACCAGCUUUUGAGCUUUCCCAUGCCCAAAUCCCAGUUGGGUGAGAAAAAGAAUUUAGAUAAAUCAGAAAAUGACCCAGACCAGACAUCCAGAAAUAUGUAUGAAGGACUUCUGCUGGACAAAUGCAAUGGAGAGGAUGGUCUGCUCCCCACUUCAAAUCAGGACUGGGGUUACAUCGAGUCUUUUAUCAGUGAGAGCAAAAUGGAAUUACUGGACCUAUGUUCAAGAAACGAGCUCUCCGUAAAUCUUUUCUCAGAGGAGGAUGUGGAUAACUAUAUGUUUGACGACGAUGAUGAUUCUGCCUUGAGCAGUGACAUGUGCUCAUUGAAAAUCCGCUAUGAGUCUUUCCAGGACAACAUGAGGGAAAAGACAAAUGUUCUGCAGGAGGAAACACAGUUUAACUUUUUUCCCAGUGUUCUGGUAAACUCUACAAAAAGUGCUGACAGUGUGGUAAAGAAGAGUGCAGAUGAGCUCUUACCUAAACCUGAAGACCUUGCACUCGAGAAUGAACAUAAAGAAAAUGACAGUGAAAGCUCCUUAGAGAGGGCAUCGGAUUACAGUCCAAAAAUGAACUACUUUAUUGAUUCUAGCAACUCCACUGAAGACUCAGAAGACUAUAGUGAUGACAGCUCUAGCACUGGGUCUUCCAUUGACACUUUUCAUGAGAGCAAAGAUAGAAAUAUAUUUUCACAAAAGAAUGUUUGCUCUUCUAAUCCACUAAACUACGGAUUAAGAGCGAAAAGAAAAGUCAGGUACAGUGAUGACUACCUUUAUGAUGUUGAUUCCAUUGAAAGUGAAAAAAACAAUGAAAAGCGUGAACAGGCGCCUUCUGGUCCAAGACAGGAAGAGGAUGAUGACUGGUGCCCUAAAAAGAGAAGAAAAUCUUCUCGCAAAGAGCCACCUGUGAUAAUUAAAUAUAUAAUUGUCAACAGGUUCAAAGGGGAAAAAUGCAUGUGUGUAAAGCUAGGCAAAACUGAUCCAACAGUCACGACAAUAAGUUUAAAUGAGAACGCAAUUAAUAAAUAUGAAAAACUGGCUCCUCUGAAGGAUUUUUGGCAGAAGAAACAGAGGGAGCAUGAAGAACAGAUUAGACUGCAUGCAGAUCAACACUUACAGAAUCAACCAUUUAGUUCUAGACAUCCUAAAAGGAAACACAAACUAGCAAACAGACUUAGGUUUCAGAGAAUUCGAGCUGUGCUGCAAUCACCCCACAAGCAGUCUUACUCUGAUGUGAGGCAGGAAUCUGGGUCUAAAGAAGAGACAGCUUCCACAGCAAGGCCAUUAACAAUAUCAAACCCCACUUGUUCGAAUACAUUGUCAUUGGACCAAGAUGACAUCAUACCCACUGUUACCCCAAAGAGCAGAUCACAAGAGAGGGAGGAGAGGAGAAUAGGGAAUAAAAUGGUCAGAAUCCGGAAAUUCAAAAGUGAAGCAAGACUCAGAAGUGAGAAACUGAAAAAAAUCGAAGAGAACAGUAAAAGCAAGACAAACAACACUGAAACAUGUGCUGUGACAGAAAACAAGGACACUCUUGGAGGUGGGAACCAAACAGAGAUCAACUCAUCUGCACACAGUCCUCAGAGCCAUACAGCUGAGACCACUGAAAAAGUAGUUUUCAUGUCUAACACCUGCUCAUAUAACAAAGCUACGUCAUCUGAUGAUGUGGCUGCAGGAAUGUCUGUUAUUCCUGGAGGCUAUCUGCAGACAUUGUUGGAAGCAUCUGAAUCCUUGGGUGGCUCUGGUGGCUCUUUUUUCUCUCAGCAGAACAACAAUACCAGGCAACAAUCUCUGGGUAUCUCAUUGGAAGAGCAGCAGUUUGCUUCUCUUCAGCUUGCCCAAAGCUGUGUACUCUCCCCACCUUCUGAAUCAGAACUCCAACAGUCUCCUCAGAACUGCCCCAGUCUCACCCAAAUGUGGCACACCCAGCUUGAUCCAAAUCAGCAUUUCACUACGGAUAUCCCUGAGGCAGCGGUUUUGACAGAGGCUCCCAACAACUUCCCUACUACCAUGCCGAUAUCAGAGAACCUGGCAGUUCCAGGGUACAGUCAGUUGGGGUUGGAUACCAACAGAAUGCUUUAUGAAAAAAAUUACAUGCCUGAGCAAACACUGCCACCUGAAUCAGAUUUCCAAGUAUGUCAAGUUCCCAGUGUGGAAGGCCAGCUACAGUUUCAAAGAGGGACACUGCACAGUGACAAUGGAAGGCUCAUAAGUUUUGACUCAGUUGGCUCAUUGUCAGCUACUUCCAGCAAUUACAGCUCUCUAAGUCUCAAAUCUUGUGAGAAAGAUGGCGAGAAUGAUGUGAACGAGAACUUUCUGGCCCACUGUAGUCCCAAACUGGUGAUUCAGCAGAGCAUUGAUGCAAUCACACCACUGAGGGAGUCAACAGACUUGCUGGAUAUCUCCAAUUUCACUCCAGAUAAAUUCAGACAUGCAUCACUGUCAGAGCUCUCACCUCCUGAGACACCCAACUUGUCACCGCAGGUCACAUGGCGGGAGUUGAAGAUAAUGGGAAAUCCUAAGGUUCUACAGAAUGGGUCUGAGCUGACAUUGGAGGGUGCUCAAGAGGUCAAAUGGAAUUGCAGUAUGAUAGAACACCAAGAACACAUGGGUGGAUUUGCAGUAGAUAGCCACCAGUAUCAGUUGAACAGUUCUAAUAAUGACAACCAUAUAAGCUUGGAAAAAAAGUCAAUGAAUGAAACUGACUUUGAUGAGCAAGGUGCUGACCUGAUCAGCGGGAAAAAAGGCUCAAAGAGGAAAAGCAGCAACAAGCAAACUUCAGGACAAAGUGCUAAAAAAAGCAAAGCAUCCAAACCAAAAGCUGCAAAGAGCGAGAAGGUCAAGACCCCACGACAGAAUUCAAGAGCAUCCAAAAAGCUUAAAGCCUUAUUGGAUGAAAAAGCUAAAGGACAGCUCGGGGACUCAAAGUGUAUGACACACCAGCUGACAGAAAGCAGCUCUGAGGACUGGACAGGAAUUGGUUGGUCAGAGACCAACAGUUACACAGAUGACCAGCGAGAGUUUGAAGAGCCAUCCAACAUCCUUUCUAACAUAGUAUCAGGGAUGGCUGAAGUGCAGCGUUUCAUGAUGACCUCUAUUGAGCCAAUAUGGGGCCCUGCAACAGACAUCUGCUUACCCUCAGAGGCAAAUAGUCUAAAGUUAAAGACUCUCAAAAUCCUGGCAGGUACCUCAUCUGAGCCCAAGAAAAAAGGUACUGUGUCUGCUGAAGGUACAAAAGGCAAGAAAGGAGGGGGAAAAUGUGGCAAAAAUCAAGCCAAGUUCAAUGCCUCUCAUCCCCUUUUCCCCCAAUUGGCUCUGGGCUGUAACAUCUUUGAUAAGUCUAAUCUUGGGGUACCAGGCAUAAAUGGACCUGCACACAAAAAAAUGUACCGCCACAAAACCAGUGCAAAAUUCCCUCGCAUCGAAAACCUAAAAGGCAAGCGAGCUGACCCAAAUAAGGACAUAGCAUUGAUGACCUCAUUUGAAAAACUGAGGUAAUAUUUUGUAACUAGCUGCUGAUGCACGUUCCUCACUUUCCCCCACUUCCUGCUCAGCCCUUAAUCCCUGGCAAACACGCACAGACUCAAAGCCAGCGAUGCAUGGAAAUUACCCUUGACCCAACCUCCUUAUUUUGGCCCUCUGAAGAAGAUAUAGAUAUCUUGCAUGAGAAACUACAUGUACUUACAAACUACCUAUUGAGUGAUUGUGCAAGGCUUGACUGAGAUUUUAACCUACCAUGGCUGCAUUUUCUUCAUGCUUUUGCAAUUUUUCCUUGUAGUUGUUUUGGUUCUUUUUGUCUGAAGAUACAAAAAAAAAAACCCUUCAUAAAUGCAAUGUGUCUUCUUGGGAGCCAUUUUGAAAAGUUAAAUUUGCUACCCUAAACGUGUUAUUAUACUUCUUUGUUUGAAACGUAGCUAUUUGGAUAAAAAUGCUGUUGUGUAGAGUAAGCUCCCCGAUUAGGUUUUGUAUGCAAAUCAGGAUAACCUUAUCUUGCGUUCUCCCCCAUACUGUCUGACUUUUUCAAUUCAAAAUGCUCAUCCUGCUCUCUUGGAUAAGCAACAUCCUUUGUAGGCCCUAAAAACAUCAAUAGCACAUAUUGGGACCAUUUUGUAUCAAAGACAUAUCAGAUUUACAUUUUGUCCUAUUUUUUUGUACUGAUGGCAUGGAAUUAUAAUUUUCAUUUUUAUGCUUUUACUAUGCUUUUACAGGAGUAUUACUGGAACUUAUCUUAGAGGGACAUUUUUAAGCCAUGGAAAAUCACUUUUUUGGUGUCCCUGUACAGAAAUGCACUAUUUAAUGACAACACAAAUUCUAAAGAUCAAUGUGCCAAAUGUAAACUCUGUGCAAAUUUAUUUCAUAUAAAUACUGGCUGUUGAAUUUACUACUCAUAAGAUUUUUGGUCGUACCCUUUCAAGACUGUGAGAGUUAACAUUCCAGAUUUUUCCUAGAUUGUGAAGAGCACCUGCAGCUGACAGUGGUACAUAGCCACUCACAUAACCAAAACAACAAGACCGAACUGUCUUCUUUCCACUGACUUGCCAAAAUCAAUUUACCUCAGCAUUAUGUGUCUUUGAAAAUAAAGACAAACAAGGAAUGAUGAAAAUCACAUCAGAAGAUAUGGACACUGUCCCUUCUGAGCAAUGAAGGACACCAUACUGACAUUUAAGGCUAAGCACGGUAAUGACUAUGUGAUUCUUUUUACUCAAAUUCAUGGGAAUGCCUGUUUCAGGUUAUUUUAAAUGAGUGCUGAAAUCAAAAGGAAUACCUUUGGAGAAAUUCACAUAAUUCACAUGUGUGAAGGUUAAGUAAAGAUGAAAAUGUACAAAAAUCUCAAAUGCAACGGUAUGAUUAAAAUGUUUGGUAUUCAUAUUCUACUUCAGGAACUACAUGGACAAAAAAAAAAACACAUAAUGGAAGCUUAUGACCACUAAUUUUUGAAGGUCCAAAUUGGUCCAUGUUGUAUUGAUACUUGAAAUAAUUUCCUACAUAAUAAGUAUGUAUGUAGGAAAUUAUUUCAAGUAUCAAUACAAUAAUCAUUAUUGUGUGAUUAUUGUGUGUCAAGACAAUAAUCUGCUCAGUUAGACAGAGAGAUACACUUUUAAGAAAUUUCUUGAAAAUGAUUAAGCUAAAUGGUAGCACAAUGGGUGGCACUGCUGUCGUUCAGCCCCAAGGUCCUGGGUUUUCUUCUGAGCUCGCGUCAUUGUCUAUAUGGAGUUUUGUUUAGGUAUAUAGGAGUUCUUUCUAUCCCUUCAAAAGCGUGCAGGUAGGCAAAUUGGUGACACCAAAUUGCUACAGGGUGUGAAUCUGCAUGCAUGACACCCUCUAUCUUCUUGUUAUUUUUUAAAAGUUUUGGGGAUUUACACAUUAUCAAUGUUUUACACAGCAAACUGUGCAGGGUGGAAUAUGUAGAAAGCUUGAAGUGGGUUGGUUAAAAAUGUAGUUUGAACACACACACACGCAUAUAUAUACAGUAUAUAGCCAACAGUAUCGGUCAAGGUGUCUGAGAACUUGGGCAUUCAUUUUGCCUUUAUUGGUUGAUAAUAAUUGGUUAUCAUAAAUGUCUACUGCUUAUUAGCAAAAUUAACAGUAUUCCACAGCAAACAAAGACCUGUUGCCUCUGAAGUAUGUAAGGCAUUUAAGGUCCACAAAUUUGUUGUAUCUGAAUUAAAUUUUCCUUACUUUGCAUAUCACAUGUCUAACAGUGGUACAGAAAUAAUUACAGUAUCUUGCAAUUACAUGGUCAUUAUCAUCUAUAAAUUAUUUACGUAUCAUCUGAAUGGAACAUCUGAAUGGAAAUAUUUGUGCACUAGGUGUUGGUAUAAAUAGGCCAAUUGGGCUUGGUCUGGAAUUUGAACUAUGAAUGUUUCACUCAUAAAUGAUUAAUGUUCAAAUAUCUUGUGUAUUGGCCAACUAAGCCAAGAACCAGGACCUGUUGCUACAUAUAUACAAAUAUAUUCACUAAUAUCAUGUCGGGGGAGUACAAAAAUGAAACCUUGACCUUGACUUAUCCUUUUACACCCACCAGCCAAUUAGGGAAACCUGUACACCUGUUUAUUCAUGCAAUUAUCCAAUCAGCCAAUCAGGUUGGAGCAUAAUGGAGUGUAAUGCAUAAACAGGUUAAUAGCUUAGUUAAUGUUGACAUAUUUGCAAAUUCUUUAGUUUUUCAAAUGUUUAUUCUGUCUGGCCCCAAAAAGCCAAGGUUAAAGUCAAUCAUAUAUUUGAUGUGAAUAUUAACUGCAACUCUUGACCAGUAUCAUGAUUUUACAACUUCCACUGCUGCCACAUGAUUGGAUAAUUGCAUGGAUAUAGUUGUUUCUAUUAAAAUGGGUGGUGAGUAUAUGUGUAUGACACUGUAUUUACCACAUUUGAUUUAAAAGUAAGUAAUAUUCUAGAAAAUAUUUGGAGGGACAAGGGAUAUGGAAAAUGCCUUAAUGCCUAAAAAGUAUUCUCAUUCAUUACUGCAACAUUUCAACAUAACAUUUUUUUGCUCAGUUUUGCCCUGUGUCCUUUUGCCUCUCUACAUUCUGUCUAGCAUGCCAUAAUUAAGGACCAGGACAUGCUGGUGAUGGAAAAAACUGCACAUGGGCUGCCAUGCCCUCUUGCCUGCCUUCUUUCAUUUCUGCCUAUUUUCAAUUGAAUGUAUUUCUUUGAGAUUUGUACAGUGUGCCACUGUUGAGCUGCCUCUUCUUACUGGUGCUAAGAAAGCAAAUGUUCUCCUCCCUGAUAUGACUAUAUCUAAAUAUAUAUAGUUAUAAACAAGAGAAAAUUCUAAUCCUCUCUUUAUGAAUGUAUAAUAUAUGGUUAUGUUUGAUGUAUCCACACCAUAAUUAUUUGACGUUAAUUGGAUUACUUUUUGACUGAAAAGAUUAUUGAGCUUUAUAAAUAUUGUCUAGAGUUGAUUCUAGAGGGAUUCUUAACAAACUCUUGACACAAAAAAUACUGUAUAUUUUUCUCCGUGCCAAUUUGUAACAUAUUUUGUAAGUGUAUAUUUUUCUUAGAAAGUGCUGUGAAGUAUUAGUAUGUGUGAGUAACCUUUUUUGUGCCUAUGCAGGCAGUGGAAAGGAUGAUAAUAAAAAGGUUUCUGGUUUUAAAAACCAAAAUAUCGAGUAACCUAAAAAAAAAACAUUAUCGACAUUUUUGUUGGGAGUUUUGUACGACGAAAUUGACCUUGUUGUGGGAGUAUUGUGUUAUUGUGGAAAAACACAAAUACAUAAUUGAAGAAAAAUGAAGACAAAAAUCUAAUUUGUGAACUAUUUGCUGUUUUUUAGAUUUUUUCAUGUAAAUUAUUCUAGUAUUUUUUGGUUUAUGUUGUAACUGUUGCAAAAGUUUUAAAUAUUUGUGAACCCGCCUGUAUGGUGACAAUGUAAUAUUGGUAAUUUGCUGAGUUUUUGUAAUAAUGUUUAUGGAGUAAAUAUACAAAUUAAAAUGAGAUUUUGAAUGCUGCUUUUGGAAAUUGUCAACAUUUGUCCUGUCACUAUUUUUUUUAGCUGCCCAACUCUUUUUAGUUGCUUGACUUGAAGAUUUGAACCAUGGCAGUUCUCAUGCUGUUCUUAAUCACAGGCCUAAUGAACAUUUGUUACGUGGGUGCACUGUAUGCCGUUUUUUCAUUUUCCUUGUCUGCAGCAUUUAGAAUUAAAUAGGCAGUUCUUGAUCUCCAGAACACUUCCACUCUGCUCAUUUAACACAAAUUUGUAACUUCUCAGGUCAACAUCUGUCUAAACUAAAAAGUUGAAAACAACUUUUGUAUUUAAGAUUAUUGUGUAGGCUUGUGCCUAUUCUGAUUGAUUAUAAAUUACUUCUAUUUCUACCAGCCAUCCAAUGACUUUAUUUUACUCCAUUUCUUGAUUAGCA